ACCCUCUCUCUUAUUCUAUGCCUGUACCCACUGAUGUGACUGAUGGGUGAUAUUUAUUUUUGUAUUAUAUGUGCAGAUGUGUGUGGUAAAAUAGUUGAAAUAUGUAAAAGAGAUGUGCCAAAAAAUUAAAACAUAUUGACAACGAAAGUGGUGUUUUAUGAAAUAAAAUUUGUAAUUAAGUUAAACCGCCUUCCACUUUUCACCAUUUUAUCCACUACAAUAUUUGAUCUUGUAAGUAUGAACAAUGGGGAAGAAACUGGACAAGUUCCUUCUACUGAUGUGGAAGAAUUGGUUGCUGCAAUACCGGAAGCCUCUCCAAACCCUUGUAGAAAUUCUAGCUCCAGUCCUGUUCUCCAUCCUCCUAGUCGUUAUUCGAAGUCUGGUUGAUCCUGAAACGAAUGAUCCAAAGAUUUACACGCCCUUCUGUCUACUCCCAAUUUUAUGCUCGGAUGAAAGUAUUAGCACAAAUCCGAAAUUUCUAACGAACCUCGGAAAUACGACGUUCAGAAACUUUACACUAGUGUAUUCACCUUACUCAAACAAAGCCGUAAGACGGUCAAUGGGAAUUCUUGAAACUGUUUUGGGUGGCCACGUGGUUGGUUACAACAACUCUGACCAACUAGAAGCCCAUUUCCUCGAUUCGAAUUCCUCUCUCACGUUUGCUGCCAUCCAACUUGAUGACUCUUUAGCGCACCAAGACACUCUACCAGACGACUUGGAAGUAUCGCUGAGAUUUCCAAGCGAACUUCGGAUUGGGUUCGAUUUGUUUGGGCAAAACUGGCACACAAAUCUUUUGUAUCCUGUGUAUCAAGUACCAGGCCCCCGAGCGCCAGAGAACAACACAGGGGCUCUCCCAGAAAAGUUACGCGAUUUAGAUAGAAGAAAAAGAACGUGGAGAACUAAUCUUUUAUUUCCCAUUUAUCAAUCACCUGGUCCUAGAUCCCCAAGAUCAGACAUUGGUGGUAAACCAGGUUACUUCAAAGAAGGAUUCUUGACCUUACAACUAGUCAUGACGUACAUUUUUGCAAUUGGCGGACACCUUGAAGCGCAAAAUCUAACACAGUUUCAAAAUAUUAUUACUACACUUCUGCCACCGCUAAUUAAAAUGCAACGUUUUCCGUAUGGAAGUUGGAUAGAGGAUCCUUUGCUACAAGCUUUAGAAAGUUUCGUUGGAGUUAUUAUUAUGUUGAGUUUCGUUUACACUUGCAUAAACACGGUUAAAGUUAUAACAACCGAAAAAGAGAAACAGCUUAAGGAGGCUAUGAAAAUUAUGGGUUUGCCUAACUGGCUCCAUUGGACUGCGUGGUUUAUCAAAACAUUUGUCUUUCUUUUAGUUUCAGUAGUUUUAAUUAUUUUACUUUUGAAAAUCUCGUGGUAUUCACACACCGAAUAUAGUGUUUUCACGUACGCAGAUCCCACAGUAAUGUUGGUGUUCUUAGUACUGUACGUUUGUGCAACUAUAACUUUUUGUUUUGCGAUUAGCGUAUUUUUUUCUAAAGCAAAUACAGCUGCAACAGUAGCUGGUCUUGUAUGGUUCCUCUCUUAUGCUCCAUAUUUAUUUUUACAAAAGCAGUAUGACCAACUCAGUCUCUCUACUAAACUCAUAGCAAGUCUUGGGUCAAACACUGCAAUGGCUUACGGGUUCCAGUUAAUGUUAAUGUAUGAGGGUACCAGUGAAGGAAUACAAUGGUCCAAUAUAGGAAGACCCAAUACUCCCGAUGACAGUCUAACGCUCGGUUACAUAAUGAUGAUGCUGGUAAUAGACACUUUUAUCUAUCUUUUUGUGGCUCUUUACGUCGAAGCCGUUUUUCCCGGGGAGUACGGAGUGCCACUUCCUUGGUACUUCCCGUUUACUUCCGCCUAUUGGUGUGGUCAUCCUAGCUAUGUAGGAGUUGAAGAUUUCACUAGUGUCCCAUCACAAGAAGGUGAAUUUUUUGAAAAAGAACCUAACAAUCUUACACCCGGUAUACAAAUUCGAAAUUUGCGGAAAGUUUUUGACCAAAAAGCAGCAGUUCGAAAUCUCUCGCUAAACAUGUACAACGAUCAAAUUACGGUCCUUCUUGGACACAAUGGUGCCGGAAAAACUACCACCAUGUCCAUGCUGACUGGAAUGUUUCCUCCCACAAGUGGUACUGCAGUCGUUUGUGGACACGACAUUAAAACGGAUAUGGACGGAGUAAGAGAAAGUCUGGGUCUAUGUCCUCAACAUAACAUCAUCUUCGACGAACUCACCGUCCGAGAGCAUCUCUACUUUUUCAGUAAACUUAAAGGACUGAAACGUGAAGCAAUCAAUGAAGAAAUUGAUAAAUACGUCGAACUGUUGGAACUGCAACCUAAAGCGAAUGCAAAAUCGGCCACUUUGUCAGGAGGAAUGAAGAGAAAACUUUGUGUGGGUAUGGCAUUGUGUGGCAACUCUAAAGUUGUCAUGCUUGAUGAACCCACUGCCGGAAUGGAUCCAUCAGCAAGACGAGCUUUGUGGGAUUUGCUUCAAAAUCAAAAACACGGAAGGACGAUGCUUUUAACAACACAUUUUAUGGACGAAGCUGAUUUAUUAGGUGAUAGAAUCGCUAUUAUGGCCGGAGGGGAGUUACAGUGUUGCGGCUCAAGUUUCUUCCUAAAGAAGAAAUACGGGACGGGAUACCAUCUCAUAAUGGAUAAGGCUUCGAAUUGUCAAGAGGAACAAGUAACACAACUUUUGAAGCGACAUAUUCCUAAUAUCCAGGUACACGGUAAUGUUGGCUCUGAACUCACGUAUCUACUAUCCGAAGAUCACUCUUCAGUUUUUGAAGAAAUGCUGCGAGACUUAGAAGAAAAUAGUGAUAGUUUGGGUAUUCGUAGUUACGGAAUUUCACUAACAACUUUAGAAGAAGUUUUCAUGAAAGUCGGUGCUGACCACGGCCAGGAAGAAAGCUAUAACGGUUUUGUGCAAGAAACAGAUUGUAAUAAAACAAUGCUGGGUAAAAUAAAAUCGAAAUUGAAAAGGAAUGAAAACUACGAAAAUAGCAUUAACGAAACAACUUUAAACCUUGAAACUUCUGCUCUUCUAACCGGUUUCAUGUUAAUCAAAAAUCAGUUUUUGGCAAUGCUUAUGAAAAAAAUUUUAUCAAUCGUACGAACCUGGAUAUUGCAGUUUAUUCAAAUUUUGAUGCCAGUUGCGUUUCUUAUCAUAGCCAUUGUCGUUAGCAGAAACACUAACAAAUCAGCAGAUUUACCCAAACUGCCCAUAACAUUAGAUUCGUAUCGCAAUCCAGUAACGCUAAUUGAAGAUAAUGCAAAUAACUCAUAUUCGGCCUUGUAUAUGCAAAGCCUUAAAGGUUAUGAAAUUCAAAGAGUGGCAAGCAUCCACGAUGUAAUGCUUAAUUUGACCGUAACUGUUCCAUCCACUGUCAGACUAAGAUACAUUGUUGGAGCUAGUUUCAACAAAACAUUCGGCGGUGUUUUUACAACUAUCACAGCCUGGUUUAAUAAUAACCCUUACCACUCCCCGCCUCUAGCAUUAGGUCUUGCCUUAAACGUGGCUUUCAAGCAUUUAGCUGGCACAAAUCGUUCAAUAAGAUGGGCAAAUUAUCCGUUACCGUUUACAGCCGAUACAAAAGUGCAGCAACUGUUGGAAGGCAACAGUAUGGGUUUCCAGCUCGCUUUCAACAUCGGAUUUAGUAUGGCUUUUGUAUCCUCAUUCUACGUCCUAUUUUAUGUGCGGGAACGAGUUUGCAAGUCAAAACAUUUACAAUUCGUGUCCGGAGUGAAAGUUUACAUAUUCUGGAUAAUGUCAUUCGUCUGUGAUAUAAUCACGUUCAUUGUGACCAUCAUCGCGAUCAUCAUUACUUUGGCGUGUUUCCAAGAAGAUGGCUUCCGGUCGGCUGAGGACUUAGGUCGCAUGUUCCUUCUUUUGUUCUAUUUUGGCGUUGCAAUGUUGCCUAUGAUGUACUUUGCGUCAUACUUGUUCGAAGUACCUUCGACAGGUUAUACUAGAAUGACCCUCUUUAGUGUUUUCACUGGAGUGGCUGCCUUUUUGGUUGUUCAAGUUUUGGCAACACCUGGAUUGGAUUUGGAAUAUGUCGCGAAUACUCUACAUUGGAUUUUCCUGGUAGUACCCCAUUAUUCGUUAGCUACAGGUAUUAGAGACGUUUAUACAACAUUUGCCACUAAUAAAAUGUGCAAAUACGCCGUCCAAACGUGCGUCGAGAAUAGGCCAGAUAUGACUGUGGACAAGUGUUGGGAUUUGACUUGUCAUAAUGCAAGUGCUGUGCUACAGGAUUACUGUUGUGUACGCGAGCCGCACUAUUACAAAUGGGCCAGUCCUGGAAUAGGCCGAAAUUUGCUAUACUCAUUUUCCGUUGGAAUAGUCCUAUUUAUUCUACUCAACAUAAAAGAAUAUAAAAUAUUUUCAAAAACGAUAGACCAUAUUGUUGAGAGCUAUAGAAACAAAUUGCCCCAGCCAGUGGAAAAUGAAGACAGCGAUGUCGCGGAAGAAAAACACAAAAUCCACAACACUUCUGAAACAGAGUUACAAAAAGACUACAUUUUGGUGCUUAAAGAUUUGACAAAGUAUUACAACAACUUUUUGGCAGUUAACGGAUUGUGUCUGGGUGUUAAGGAACGUGAAUGCUUCGGAUUAUUGGGUAUAAACGGUGCUGGGAAAACCACAACUUUUAAAAUGAUGACCGGUGAUGUAAAAAUCACGCACGGAGAAGCUUGGGUGAAAAAAUUCAGUAUCAAAUCGCAACUAAAACAAGUGCAAAAGUUGAUUGGAUAUUGUCCGCAAUUUGACGCUCUUCUUGAUGACCUGACUGCCAAAGAAUCAUUGGUAAUGUUUGCACUUUUGAGAGGAGUUCCAAUGGACGAGUGCCGAUACCUGGUCCAGAAACUAUCGACAGAUUUUGAUUUCCAAAGACAUUUGAAUAAAAAGGUUAAGGAACUUAGUGGUGGUAACAAGAGGAAGUUAAGUACUGCCAUUUCGCUGAUUGGCGAUCCUCCGGUGAUAUAUUUAGACGAACCUACGACAGGAAUGGACCCUGCGACGAAACGCUAUUUGUGGGAUGCCAUCUGCAAAGUUAGAGAUAACGGAAAAUGUGUAGUCUUGACCUCUCAUAGUAUGGAAGAAUGUGAAGCUUUGUGCACAAGACUAGCCAUAAUGGUUAAUGGCAAUUUCAAAUGUUUGGGUUCCACUCAACAUUUGAAAAAUAAAUUUGCCGAAGGGUAUACGUUGACAAUUAAAAUUAAGAAAAGCCCUGGCGGGGAAGAUGCCGAUAUUAAACCAAUUGAAAAUUUCAUCUCGGACCAUUUUCCCAAAGCAAUACAAAGAGAAAAACAUCAAGAGCUUUUAACAUAUUAUAUUGUAGAUAAAAGCAUCCCCUGGUCCAGAAUGUUCGGGAUUUUGGAAAAAGGAAAAAAGCAGCUAAAUAUUGAAGAUUAUUCUUUGGGUCAAUCAAGUUUGGAACAGGUAUUUUUAUCUUUCACAAGGUUGCAACGUUAAUUUAAACUAAACUUGAAGUAGAACAUUUAUUUUUUAUAUGUGUGCCUUUUCUUGUUGACAAGUGGUGAUAAAACAUGUAAUACACUCAUGUAACUAAUAUGCAAAACAGUAUUUAUUUUAAGUUAUAAUAAACUAAAUAAAUUUUA